AUGGUCACCUCAUCACCAAGUUUCUUCAUCGACAUACUGCGGUGGGUGUUCCUCCCCUUUCGAGAGGCGUUUACUCUACAGUUUCUCGCAGCAGCAGUAUGGCUCUUCUCCUGCUCUGUUUGGAACUGCAUGGUGCAAGUCUACAUCGAUCGUUUAUAUGCUCAGCAGUACUUCGGCAACAGGCACUGGGAUCCUUUACCCGACGCUGGCUUCGCUCUCCUGCCCUACAUUAACAAUCAAAAUAUUGAAGCGGUUCUGUGCCAUACAAGGGUCUGUAUUCUUACUAAGAAGCCUAACGAUAGGGGCGACGUUGCUGCCCAACCCAUACAGCCACUGCGUUAA